AUGAGCAAACACACCACCUUCUUCCUACAGUACAACUUCCUCAUCGUCUUCUUCGUCCUUCACCUCCUUGUCUCCUACUCUAGGAUGGCGUACGCAGACACCGCCACUUGCAAUGGCUUGAUAGCGGAGUGCGACGAGCUCACCACGGAAUUCGUGUUUGAUUCCGAGGUAAGCAGAAGGUUCAUGGAGGAAUCACGGCACCUGUCGUAUGGGGCUCUCAGGAAGGACCAGCCAACCUGCAGCGGUGGGGCCAGAGGCCAAGCUUACAGCAAGAGUGAUUCCUGUGGCCUCCCUUCAAAGUCGAAUCCCCAUAGCCCGAGUUGCCCCAAAUACUACCGUUGUAGGUCGGGUUCGUAA